CUAGAAGCUUUUCACGCCUGCUUCUGCUCCUGCUCCUCAUUCUUCUCGAUUCUUGCCUCGACUGCUGCUGUGUUCAGUUCUUGCUGAACUUCAACCAUGAUUAUUUCAGAGAAGAACCGUAGGGAGAUCUCCAAGUAUCUCUUUCAGGAGGGGGUUUGUUAUGCCAAGAAGGACUACAAUUUGGCCAAGCACCCAGAAAUCGAUGUGCCUAAUUUGCAGGUUAUUAAGCUGAUGCAGAGCUUCAAGUCCAAGGAAUAUGUGCGCGAGACAUUUGCAUGGAUGCAUUACUACUGGUACCUCACCAACGAUGGCAUUGAGUUCCUCAGAACUUACCUCAAUCUUCCUUCUGAAAUUGUCCCUGCUACCUUGAAGAAACAAGCUAAGCCCGCUGGUAGGCCCUUUGGUGGCCCACCCGGUGAUCGCCCACGGGGUCCACCUCGUUUCGAGGGUGGUGAGAGGAGGUUUGGUGAUCGUGAUGGUUACCGUGGAGGUCCUCGUGGACCUGCUGGCGAGUUUGGGGGUGACAAGGGAGGAGCUCCUGCAGAUUACAGGCCUUCUUUUGGGGGUCCUGGUGGAAGGCCGGGAUUUGGCCGUGGAGCUGGUAGCUAUGGCGGAGGAGCUGCAGCAAGCUCGAACCUUCCAUGAAAAGUAUGAUCUUAGAAGCAGUUUAAUGAAUUUUCAGUGGAAAGAGUUAGCAGCAGCUUGACUGAAGAGUUCAUAAGCAUUUUUCCCCCUUUCAUUUAGCUUUGGGAAUCUUAUUAAUGUCAAAUUUUGAUUGUGCAAAUUGAAGUUGACUUAGAACACACCCCACUACUUUGCAAGUAUAAAUUUUGUUCUUCCCCUUUGA